GUUGUCCCGGCUAGUAUCGACAGCUUCUUAAUCGUCUAAACCUUAUCAGCCGCGAUGUCUGUUCCUCAGAAGGCCAUUCAGUACGUUCUUCCCAAGGUUGGGGACUACAGAAAUCUCAAGCAACAAGAAGUGGACGUUCCAAAGCCCCGAUAUGAUGAAGUCUUGGUGAAGGUCCACGCCGUUUCGUUGCAGUACCGCGAUUUCGCCAUUGCCAAGGGGUUCUACAAUGUUGGAGUCUCUGAGAACAUCGUCCCAUGCUCUGACAUGGCUGGAGAGAUUGUUGCUGUUGGAGAAGAAGUAAAGGGAUGGAAAGUUGGUGACCGUGUUUGCGCCAACUUCUGCACCGACCACUUGCACGGAGACCCUACCCCUGAAUCUAUCAAGUCCUCGCUGGGUGGCCAAUCCCCCGGAGUUUUGACUCAAUACCGAACCUUCCCUGCCCACUCCCUCGUCACAAUUCCUUCCCACCUCUCCUACGUUGAAGCCUCCACCCUCCCAUGCGCAGCCUUGACUGCCUACAACGCUCUUGUCGGCCCCACGCCCGUUCGCGCAGGCGAAACUGUCCUCGUUCUUGGAACUGGUGGUGUCUCUAUCUUCGGACUGCAGCUUGCCGUCGCAUCCGGCGCAACCGUCAUUGCCACCUCGUCCUCCGACGAGAAGCUGAAGAUUGCGAAGAAGCUCGGCGCUCACCAUGUUAUCAACUACAACAAGACGCCUAACUGGGAUGAGGAAGUCAAGAAGAUUACGAACGGAAGGGGAGUCGACCGUGUUAUUGAAGUUGGUGGCCCCGGAACCCUCGCCAAAUCUCUCAGCUCUGUGAGGAUCGGUGGCUCUGUUCAAGUCAUCGGUUUCGUUGGUCAGGGUGAGGGAACCACCAUGGACGUCAUCCUCCCUGUCAUCAGCAAGUCCAUCCUCGUGAGAGGUGUUUACAUCGGCCCGGUAUCUGAGUUCGAGGCUAUGAACAGGCUCAUUGAAGCCCACCCAGAGACCACGCGUCCAGUCGUCGAUAAGGUCUUCCCAUUCGAUCAAGCUGCUGACGCCUGGGCCCACCUCGAGUCUCAGAAGCACGUCGGCAAGAUCGUCAUCCAGGUUGCCCAGAAUUAA